AUGGUGUUGGAAGAAGGGGAAGGGUCCACAAGCAAAGGAGUCCACAGUGGGCUUGUGUUGUUCAAAAGGGAGUAUAUGGCAAAACGAGGUGAGAAGUGUAAAAACGCAAGAGAAGAAAAAAUUGAAGUGGGGAAGGCAUGGAGGGCCCUGAGUGAAGAAGAGAAAGAUAGGUAUAAUGAGAGGGCAAGGAAAACGAAGCCACAGAAAGAAGAACAGCGGUUGAGGCAGAAAGUUCAGAGGAUGGGAUUUGGGAACUUGCUUAAUGUGAAUGUGAAGCAACUUCCACGUGAUCUACUUGUGUCAUUGUUGAGAUGCUAUGACCCACCAACGCAUUUUUUGACCAUUAGAGGGCAAGGGCAGGCAAUUGAGGCAAAAGAUGCGCAUGAGUUUCUAGGUGUACCUGACAAUACUGAAGAGGAUAUUAUCUGGGAAGAAAGCGACAAUUUUGAGUUCCUAUUUAUGCUUUAUACAGUUGGAGCUUUUCUAUGUCCUGGGUCAAGCACAACUGUACAUAUACGUUUGUUGAAAGUGAUGCGUCACACGAUGGAUGGGUUUGGGAAAUAUGAUUGGUCAACGUACAUAAUCAAGAACCUGUGGAAGGAAAUGGGAGACUUUGUGAAGAUGACAAAGAAGAAGAAGAAAGGAACCUGCAAUGUUGGAGGGUGUCUUUAUUUGCUGCUGCUGUAUUUUGUUGAGCGUUUCCCGCUGGGAUUGUCUGUUGACCGGGGUUCAACAAGCGCCAUUGAAUAUUGGACCGAGGAGAAGAUAAAGGAGAGGGUGGAGAAAGAGAGAGGUAGCAGCAUGGGAAUAUUGCAUGGAAGCAGUGGCAGCGAGGUAUACUCAGCAGGACAUGAGGACAGUCCAAUUUUGCAGUCUUUAGAUCCGGCAUUGAAGGAGUUGAGGGCUCGUUUUGUGAAGAAGCUUGAAGAAAGCCAGAGGACGUUAAUGAAGGCUCUUGAUGAUGAGCUACUCAAACUGCAGAUUGGAUUGAACGCCAAAGUUAAGGGGAUGGGGAAUGAGAAUGCCACUGCUAAAGAAGGGGUUGAAACAGUUGGUGAUGCAGCUGGUAACGAUGCUGAAGAAGCUGAUGAUGUUGACCGAGUGGUGGAGGAGAUUGCAAGAGAGGUUGCAGCGGGAAGUGCAGAUGAGGAACUUGAUGAGGAUGAAACCAGCAAAGGAGAUGAUGAGAAGGAUGAGGAUGAGGAUGAGGAUGAAGAACAACAUGACCUUCAUGACAGGGAAGUCAGUGAUGAUUACAUGGUUGAGGAGGUGGAAGAAGAGGGUGACCGUGAUGGUCAUGGAGAUGAUGAUAAGGAGGUUCGGGAUUCAGAUGAUGAGGGUGAGGAAGCUACACAUGUACUGACAAUGACCCCUACCAAUGUUCCUUUGCUGUUGGAUCGCGAAUGGGUGAGCAGUGACAGUGGGGAGGAAGGAGGGCCUGAAAAAUCGAUUGACCUUAGGAGGUCAACAAGGGCAAAGAGUUCCACAAUUAAAUCUCCGUGGAUAGAAUUCAAGGCAGCUCCGAGGACGAAGAGGCCAAAGGAGGAAAGGGACAUCUUUUUCACUUUAAUAUCCCGUAGACCCAAGGGAGAGGAAGAGGGGAAUAUGUAA